AUGGACGGCGUGCAGUACCAAAUAGAGCAGCUACAGUACGCUCUUGGGCAGCUAGACCCGCAUCGCAUGCUGGCGCCAGAGGACGCCUCUCAGCUGCAAAUGGGUCUUGCGAACACAGCAGCAAUUGCCCGUCGUGUGGUGGAGCGGCAAUCCCGCCGAACGUUUCCGAUGCGUCUGACAGGUGUUAGCGUGUCUACCAACGUUCGACCUACUCUUCCUGGCGUGAGCCCCCUCGCCACCUCCUCGUCUUCAGGAGAGGUGCAUCGGCAGGAGCCGUCACACGCCCUCAGGAGUGACCCAACAUCUACUGGGGUGAAGAGGAGUGGUGCAGGGGAGUCAUUGCCGCAGCAGGGUGACAGAGGGAGGGAGGGGGAAUGCUUCUACGAGACCGUUCUUACCGUCGCCACGCAGCACAGAGUUUCAGUGAACGAGAUCCGUCGCUACAAUCCACAGUUGUCAGAGUACAAAGAUGAGGAUGUACUUCCAAAAAAUACAUACAUCAAGAUGAAGCUGCAAAUGAGUCCACGCCUCCAGUAUGAGGACAACACGGAACAGUCACGGGUUGAUUCUCGUGUAGAAACACGGCAAACUCACCCCGAGGCCACAGCGUCGACAGAGCUCCCUAUGCCGCUAGCACCAUUACCGGCUACUCAGGAGGCACUGCGCCGUCCCAUGAAUUUGCAAGUCAUGCUGAUGCGAGGUGGCGAGAAGUCUCCACUCCGUGACUCUCAGACGGACAACACGGACUCACCGGGUGGACCACUGAUGCAACUACCCUCUCCUUCCCCUGACAGAGUGGGCUUAUCGAGAGGAGGAAAUUCCACCAACCACGUCAUCGCAAGUGAACUCCACGACAAUAGCUAUACAACUGACAUAAAUUCAGUGCACUCUACCAUUGCACCGGAGGCUACUGUUGCUAUUGCUGCUGCUGCUGCCACUGUUGAGGGUGCCAGCAAUUAUCCCGCUGUGACAGGGGUUUUCAAGGGCAGGUUGAGUGCCAGGAGCCCAGCUGAGGUGAACAGCGCGGCAUUUGAGGCUGCUUCAAAUUCUCUUUGCGCCUUGAAGCUGGCCAAGCCCCCGCUCACUCAACGCAAGAGUACCGUGUCCUCUGCUAAUACCCAUACUAUUUCACGAUAUACAAACCCGCUGUGGGCCGGCGAUCGUGAUCAUUCCUUCACGACGGACUCGUCUUCCUUUCACUCUACCCCUACACCUACACCUACCCCAAACGUGUCGCCGCAGCCAAACAAAAAGAAAAAUUUGGAAGAGUCUGCAAGAGCAAGGAGGGGCGGAUUGGUGCCCACACUACCCCCACCCUCAUCGCUGGAAACAAAAAGUGAGUGGCAAACGAUGGUUCCUGCAGCAGAGGCGUUACUAGAAGAUAGUUCUUUUGAGAGCAAAGGGUUGUCGCCGAUUGCAAAGACGUCUCCCCAGCCUAUUGAGAGCGACGAUGAGUAUGACACUCUGAAUUCUAUCGCCUUGAAGUACAACGUUACCAUCAAGGUUGUACUGCAGUGGAAUCCGUACUUGAUGGCAUACGAGGCAGAUGACCCGUUGCCGGCGAAUUUACCUAUUUUACUCCCGGUGCCGCAGAAGAACUGA